AAAAUAUACUAAUUCGAAGGGGUCGAGAUCCCGACCCUUUGGAACACCUCCUACCAACUCUCCAAAUCCCACCAAUCUUAUAAGAGAAACAAUAUCGUAGUCUGUUGGGCAAAGAAAACAGGGUUUUGUUUUUGGUUCCACGCUAUGGCUUCCAGGUUGCUGUGGGCUUCAAGAGCUGCCUCAUACCUCAGGAUCUCAGUGUUCCACAGAGGCUUUUCUUCUGUUCUGAAGGAUCUUAAGUAUGCGGACUCUCAUGAGUGGGUGAAAGUUGAGGGAAAUUCUGCUACUGUUGGUAUCACUGAUCAUGCUCAAGAUCAUUUAGGUGAUGUCGUGUAUGUUGAAUUACCGGAAGUGGGUGCUCCUGUAGAACAGGGAAGCGGCUUUGGUGCGGUUGAAAGUGUCAAGGCUACUAGCGAUAUUAAUUCUCCUGUUUCAGGGAAAGUUCUUGAAGUUAACGAGGAGCUCAAUGACUCCCCUGGUCUUGUUAACUCAAGCCCAUAUGACAAAGGAUGGAUAAUUAAGGUCGAGGUGACUGACAGCGGUGAAUUGAAGAACUUGAUGGAUGCAGAUCAGUACUCCAAGUUCUGUGAAGAAGAAGAUGCAAAGCACUGACUAACUCUGGUCAUGAAGAACUCUUGAAGUACUUCUCAUGGCGGCAUUGUUUCACGGAUGAUUACGAUAAAUCAAUGAAUCCGAAUGGUUCAAAGUGCACAUUUUCUUUCUUUAUGUUUUUAUCCAAACGUGUGCUUUUACUGCUCUUCUUUUGUGUCCUGAGAGCUAUAAAUUUAGUGGCUACUUUCUAUCUUGAUUAAGGGAAUAAUCAAUUUAGCCUUGCAUUUGAUCU